GUGCCAUCUUGCUCUCCAUUGCCUUCCAACAACACUCGCCCACACGUUACAAUUACUAGCGGUGGACGGGACUUUUGGCGACUCCUCAUAGCGGGACGUCAGGUAUCCUGCGGUAAGCGGCAGCAGAGAUUCCAGAGACACAUCCUUUAUCUUGGGCGUUUCAAAGAAGCGGCACGGCACGAUUUGACAAAGUCACCCCACCGAUGGGUGCAGAGUUGCUUGACGCAUUAUUCUCUCCUCAAGCGCUUCUUUGGAGUAUCAUUGUUGACGCAUCGCCAGUGUAUUCAUUAGCCUUGGAGGACUGUUCGACUCAGCUUUCCACGCCGGUUCGCGCGGAGCUGCGACCUUCGGAAAGCCCGUCCUCUGGCAAGAUGAUAAAACUUUGAGAGGCAUUUCAUUCUCGUUACAACGUUGUCAUGGACCCCACUAUGACUGCCGUCUCGCCCUCUGCUUCCGAAUUCCAGAUCAUUACCAUUGGAGAUGAUCACCAGCCACUCUCCCCGUCCGAAAGGCCUACAGCUUCGACUCCUUCAUUCUCAGAGUUACCAUUACCAGCAACCGCACCACAGCAUCAUGGACGCUUAGGAACGCCUUAUCAAACUAUGCCUGGGGGGUUGUCGGUGUCGACGCUCAACCGAAUGACGCCACCAAUGGCAGCCCCACCACCACUUUCUUCGACGCCAGGCUCUUCUUCUCACUCUGAACUCGCAUCGUCGCCAGGCACCAGGACAUCACUAGGUCGGAGGAAACGACAAUCCUCAAGCCAAAUCCCAAUCAUGGUCCCGCCACCGGCCAAUUCCAUUGGAGCUCUUUCACCGUCAUCACAGGGACCUCCGCCAUUGUCACCCCCUCCGAAUCAAUAUCAGGCUCGUCAGCGAACAUCUGCCGCAUCACCUCACAACAGCGUAACCUCACCAUUGUCCGCCAGCACGACACCCAGGUUGUACGUCAACACACGGCCACCACUAGCCUCAACCGAAUACAACGUAAACAGCGCCUCUAGCCGCAGUCCUAGUAGCGGCGCGAUGACCGGCGACCAACCAUCUUCCCCCUCCCCACUGAGCAACCCAAAUCUGCAACAGCUGGAACGAAAGCGACAGUCAUAUAUAUACGCCAAAUACCGUAAGCAGUACAAUCCUUCGGGUCCUAAGGCUGAUCUCAACCCAGACCGCGAAAGAACCUUCGUGCGAGUACGAAAUUGGCCGGAGAAACGUACGACUUUGCGUCCAUCUGGAAGUGUACCGAAUGUCUACCGCUUAACUGCCCAUUUGCUGACAACCUAUGUUCGUAUCAAUCCGGAUUUUUGCUACCAGUCUAACCAUAAUCCACGACGGGUCUUGACCAAGCCAUCUAAACCAAUGCAUAACCACGGGAGGGAUAAUGAAGAUUGGGACUAUUUGCUCUAUGUAAAUGAUAUCAUUGGAAGUCAGGAAGGGCGUCAGUAUCAAAUUAUGGAUGUCUUGGGUCAGGGUACUUUUGGUCAGGUCGCCAAGUGUGUGAAUAUCAAGACCAAAGAAGCAGUUGCAGUGAAGGUCAUCAAGAAUAAGCCCGCUUAUCAUAACCAAUCUUUGAUGGAGGUAGCAAUUUUGGAACUGUUAAAUCUCACCUUUGACCCAAACGAUGCGCAUCAUGUUGUCCGAAUGAAGGAUCACUUUAUCCACCACAACCACCUCUGCAUCGUUUUUGAGAUGCUCAGCGUCAAUCUUUACGAACUCAUCAAACAAAAUCAAUUUCGCGGCCUGUCAACCAAUCUGGUCCGCAUCUUUAUUCGACAGGUACUGGAUGCCUUGACCAUCCUCAAUAAAGCGCGCAUCAUACAUUGCGAUUUAAAACCUGAGAAUAUCUUACUAAAGAACUUGGAGUCACCCAAUAUCAAGGUCAUAGACUUUGGCUCUGCAUGCCAUGAGAAUCAGACGGUGUACACGUACAUUCAGUCGAGAUUCUACAGAUCUCCGGAAGUUCUGCUCGGAUUACCGUAUACUUCCUCGAUCGACAUGUGGUCUUUAGGGUGCAUCGCUGGCGAGCUUUUCCUAGGUUUGCCACUAUUUCCGGGAACUUCAGAGUACAAUCAAAUAGGACGCAUUGUUGAGAUGUUAGGACCCCCACCCGCAUAUAUGUGUGAGAAAGGAAAGUCAGCACGUAAUUUCUUCAAUAAGAACUUUGGGCCUGAUGGAAGAGUGACAUACGCAUUUAAAACUCCUGAGCAGUACAUAAAGGAGAGUGGAACCUUCGAGCAGCCUUCCAAGAGGUAUUUUACCGGUACCACCUUGGAAGAGAUCAUAAACCAGUAUCCAAGUGUGCGAAAAGGGGCUUCCCCCGAAGAUCUUGAAAAGGAAUCGCAGCAACGCCAAUGUUUCAUCGAUUUCCUUAGCGGUCUUCUGACCUUGAAUCCUUUUGAGCGAUGGACUCCGCAACAAGCCAGACUGCACCCCUUCAUCACAGGUGAACGAUACACUGGUCCGUUUUUGCGCUCAGGCGCGCGCACAACGACGCCACAACUCCCUACCCCACGCGCGCUUUCACCGUCGUCAGACUCCGAAUAUCGAGAACCCGCUAAACGACGACCACGCGCUAACACCAUUAGCAGCUUACAAGAAACUCUACCCCCUCAGUUGCAGAGAUUGGCCGCUAUCCAUCAACGCGGAUCGAAUGACGUCAAACGGAGCAGUGGGCUGAAAAUGGAAGUAGAUUUGUCGCCGAAGGACAUGGAAACGGAUGAAUCUCUGGCCAUUGACGAAGCGGCUCCGGCCGACGAAUCGUCCUUGUAUCAGCCAUUAUCUGAAUCUGCUCAACGAAGCCAUGACGUGAGAUCUCCGAAGGAUAGUUCUGCUACCCCGAUGGAAGUUGACAAUCCUAGAAUUUCUACGAGCCCCUACUCGCGAUCUGCGAGCGAUCGUGAAUUUGUGAGCGCACGGCAAAGUACGGUAUCGUCACCCAGCACCCGAUCCUUUACCAGCAAUUUGACGACAGUGGGAGAGGAUGGAACGACUGACGGACUUCGAAGCGUCAGUGUCUCCCACAUGGCAAGCACAAUCGAUGAUAGCGCACAUACGUCACCAAGUCAAACUCUACUGCAGAGUAGUAUCGAAACAGACUCUACACCCAUUGUUGGCAUCAGCGUACUAUCAUCAAAUCGUCCGAUCUCUGCGGGACAUGAUGAACAAGCGUUAGAUCCAUCUGUGGGUGGGUCUACUAUGGAAAAUGAUCCUGCUUUGCAGCAAUAUGAGGAUGGCUCAGGAAUGCGUCAAGUUGCAGAAAGCAUGGCCGACAUUCGCAUAACACCUUGCUCUGCUAAGCUGAACCAAGGGGCGAGUGCGACAGACAAAAAUGUCGCAGAGACAGGAGAUACCCUUCAUCAGGAUCGUCUCAAUGAAAAGGCGCAUACUCACCGUACUGUUCAAGAGGAUGUGGACGAGGUUCACGGUCCCCCUGCGCUUACCAGCGGGGGCGGUGUAAAUCCAGGAGUCUAUCAUACAUACGAUCUGUUGCAGCAUGGGGGACAAAACGUAGCAAGGUCGACAUUAGGGCCCAUGUUGUCAGGCUAUCCUUUGCGGAAGGCCCGCUCGCAAAUGAUUGAUCAAACGGAGAGCGACCCAAGGUCACCAGAAGGGUAUAGCUCGGCGAUGGCAUUGGCGGCAUCGAGCGCCGGAUUUUUUCCAUGGAAUCUUUUGACGCGGGGGUCGGGAACCUCCCAGUCCCAAAGUGUCUCGUUUUCGGAUGAUAAUUUGUCUCUUUUGAUUGGAGAUGGGCAUCCUCGACAUGGCGAAACGGGCGAGCGAAGCGCGUUACCUUCCAGGCGACCGUCCAUGUAUAGCUCAGUCGAAUGGGAUCCUUUUGGCGAUUUAGAGCGGGGCGCAUCGUCGGCCACUGGGAGUCAUCAAUCAAGUCGACGUGGAUCUGCGGAUGUCCGAGUACAUGGUGAAGACCGAUCGCUGCAUACUAAUGCGAAUGUAGCUGGAGGAGUGAGACUGUCUGUUGGAGAUCCGAGGGUUACUGGUGGACUUGGUGUAGAACAGGUAGCUGCACAAAUACGAAGAGGAUCAGCACCUCACGGGAGUGUCGGAGGAACGGAAGAUCGGUCGUUGAAUCAGACGUCGAGCUUCUCAAGUAUGCCGGAUUUACUACAGAGAUGUCACAGUCACUCAACGUCCGGGCAUGCAGGGUCUAAGGGUAGCGGUGACGUCGCAAGAGCGCCAGACGUGCCAGCGAGACGGACAUCGAUGGUAGCUGUGAAUAUGGGUCUUCCUAUCAUGGAACCUUUGGAAGUCGCGUAUGGUGCCAUGCCUGGCGGGUAUACAGCAACUCGGUACCAUGAUAUCGCAUGGGGUAAUCAUAACGGACAGGAUGAAGGGGGUGGUAGGGUGUCGCAACAAGUCCAUGGAAGGGCGUACAAUGGGUCCGCGGAUUCCGCACGCGACAAUGUAGAUCCCCAAUACCAACGACGCUCACCUGGACGAAAGUAUUCAGCUUCAGGACCACAUUAUGCGCCUGCCGAGUGGGUUCAGAUAUCGCGGAAUAAUUCUCCCAAUCCACCCUCAUUCGUACCAGUCGCGGCCACCGAAAGCUGGAGACAACAACAGGGAAUGCUGCCAAUGCAUUACCCACCAGCACACCAUCGACAGGUUGAACCGUUGUAUAAUGGUGCAGGGCCAUCCCUUCCUGGGUAUAGUGCUCUUUCCGCCACAACGUCCUCGGCUCUCAAUGGUGCGCUAUACGAGAAGCGACAUUCAGCAUCUUCGAUGGCUGCUGUGGCAGCCGCAUAUGGUGAUCCGGCAGUUGUUCACACUGGACGAAGUGAGGCCAUCUAUGACAGCCUGUCGCAUUAUCCCAGUGGGGGAUACACGACAAGCAACGGUGGCGACCUUGCUACCCGAGUGGGCACAAUAUCCCCGCGAAAUCCGCAUGAUAAUUCCUAUCGGGGUACUGGGACAGGUAUUGCAGAGGUACCCAGCACCGCUCGACAGGAGUUGGAAUCUGAUCCGUCUGCCCAAAUUCAUCCGUUUCAUGUGGCAAAUAUGGCUCAUCAUUACGGAGGAAAUCUGCCAGAUGACCCGUACUCAACGCCAUCAUUCGAUGCUCCAAUACCAUCGGUUGGCUAUCACCACACCCGAAUCUGGCCGCGCGUGCCACCUACUACCCAGUAUUCUAACGUAGCUUGGGGCGCUGGGGUAGGAACACCAGAAGACCUAGAGCAAAGAGGAGGAACAGGUAGGCAAGAGUCGCACAGCCAUCUUUCCUCUGUGGUCAACAGUAGUCCAGGAUCCCAUCUCUACCCGAUUCCAUCUCCUACGGGUUCACCGGCUGGCGAUUUGUAUCGAAAGGCUAAAAGCAUGAGUUGGGGAAGCCUAUCCACUGGGCUCCUUGGCGGCAGCGCCAAAUCAACGACAACCGAGCGAUCACGUCACAGUACCGGUCUUGGCUUGGGCGCUGUCUUGACAGGACACAGGGUGGCGAAUAGCGGUGGCUCAAGCAUGGCAACGUCACCUGCAUCUCCGGCCUCGUCGGUUGCAGCUCUGGAUCCUGGUGGGUAUAUUAAUGAUGGAUCUACAGGGGAGAGAUCCGACGAAUCUUGGUCGCGGCGACGACGACGAAGUGAAGAUGAGGAGGUUUAGCUAGAUAGGUAGGAAGAUAUAAAAGUUUGGAAUUAACAAUAGGGGGCUCUAAGACACGGUUGAGAGAAUGUGACUUUUGACCUAGACAAACUACGCUCUGGUCUGAGGGAGCUGUGUGUGUGUGGAGGCCGUGGUAGCUUUGUAUGCGCUUGUUUUUAUUUUUAUUGGAAAUGAAUUCACACAGACAGCCUGCUUUCAAGUGGGUAUGCCUAUGGA